UAACGCACACUCAAACGCGCACUUUUUUGUGUGUAAAUCGCAUCCCGCUUGUGUUCAUUUUCUAAAGCUAUUUUUGCCUUUCUGAACCGGAUGCUGCAACACUCGUAUUUCGUUUGUCGAGUUGCGGACUAUCUAACUGGAUCUGCGCUUAGAGAUGCUAUCUGUCUCGUGGAUGUUUUCUACGAAACAUACCCGACUCGGCUUGUGGCUCCUCUUUCUAAUCUGUAUUCUGUGCUUUGGAAUCUACUGCCAAUCAAUACCAGACAAACUCCAACCACAACCAAUUGUGGGAGCAUAUCAUUACGACUUUUCCAAAGAUGUGUCUGCAACUUGUCCAGAGCUUCAAAUUUCUCAGAAGGAUCAAAUAGCGUUUGUCCUAUUUUAUACUAGACAAUCAAAUGAUUUUUUCAUCACCAAAGAAGAAUGCCGAAAAAAAAAUUUCACGCGGUCCGAUUAUCCCCAUAUGAACCAAGCCGACCAGCAUUUAUUCCGGGAGCACCUGGAAAAGUCACGUGAUCUGAACCCAAACUGCAUGACCUAUGUAGAAUGGGGCAGUGGAGGAAGUACUUUGUGGGCGUUGCAGUUCGCUCGGAGGAUUCUGUCAAUUGAGAACAAUCCCGAGUGGUGUCGCAGAAUGUCACAAGAUCCUCUAGUCCAAUGUGCUGUUCUCUCUGGACAACUGGUGCUGGCCUGUGUGCAGGGGGGUCCUGUGAAACUGUGGGGCAAGCCAGUAGACGAGUCAUCGUAUACGUCCGCACCAUAUAUUGACAUGCUGCAUCACUUCUCUCCCAUAGCACCCGACUUUGUUCUCGUCGACGGGAGAUACCGGGUGGCAACAGCACUAUCGGCUCUGAGUCACAUGAAAGAGGAGAGCUUCCUUUUCGUUCAUGACUACAAGCCUCGACGACACGAAUACGCCGCACUGUUGAAAUUCUUCCACGCCCCUGAAGAAACUAAAAAGAGAAAAGCUAUGGGAAUACUUUUACAAAAAGCUAACAUCAGCCAAGCAAUCGACUCGUAUCGCCACGAAAUGUAUUAAAAACCGAUCGACCUUUAUGUUCUUACACGAUGAAUUUACUAUCCCAUUUUUAAAUCAAUGUUUCACUAGAACAAGUUCCCAAA